AUGGUUGUACAAGUACCUGGGUUUGCGUUGAACAACAAACCAAGUUCAACUACUUCCAAAUACAUUUCACCUACUUUGAAAUUAAAAGAAGAUGUUGUUGUUGAUUCGUUGCAACUUCAUCAAGACAAAUCAACAAGUUCUUCAAGGGGCCAAUUGUCGAGAAGAUUUGUUCAGCCAGUUGGAUUGGAUGUUAAAGAAUCCAACUAUAAGAUAAAUGUUCCUGAUUUUGCCAACUUACCUCCAUUACAAUUGGGAUCUAAGUUCAUAUCGGAUUUGAGCAGGAUUGAUUCAACUAUACCCCAUGAUAUUUUUUAUUCCGAAACAGUUAGUAAGAAUGAGUCAGGAUUGGACAAUUACUAUUUUGAUUAUGAAAAUGGAUUGAAAGAUUUUUCCCGUUUUGAAAAAGUGCAACAAUUAGAUUUGCCUGAUAGAUUUUUUGAAGAAUACAAUUCAACUGAUUGCAUCACCAAGAUAGGAUUAUUCCCUGAAAUAGACAGAACAUGGAUUGCUAUUGACAACAAACUUAUAUUGUGGAAUUAUAAACUUCCUCAAUCUUCAUUUAACCAAGCAUCUCAGUUUUUAACUAUCGAUCAAAUCAGACACAGUAUUUUAGCCGUCAAAUUAGUCAAACCAAAAAAGGGUGUAUUUACUGAUGAAGUCAAUUAUUUACUUUUGGUCUCUACCACUGUUGAUAUUCAUAUCUAUAUUGUCAAAUACGACAAUGCAAUGAAUAAUUUGGAGAUUUUCAACCCUGAUUUAUCUGUUUCUACUCAAGGAUUGGUUGUUAACAACUUUGUGGUAAACCCAAAAACUAAUGAUAUUUACUUUAGCGGAGAAAGUGACGGGAUAAAUAUUUGGCGUUUAGAUUAUUCAAACAAAUCUAGUUUUAUUAAGAAUAGAUGCGAUAAAGUCUGUUUAACAAAAGGUGGAUUAUCAAGUGUUCUUCCAAAUAAACUUACCGGAUUUGGUUUUUCCAGCAACACUUCUGGUACCGACAAUUCAACAGCAAAUACUCCUGAAUGUAUUACUCAAUUAGAAAUUGACGGUGAAAGAAACAUUUUAUAUUCGCUUUCCAAUAGAUCCGUCAUCAGGGUUUAUAGACUUCAGCCUAAACAAGAACACCUUACUGAAGGGAGUACUUUAACUCCAAACCAAAUUUUUAAAUCUGCCUCGUCUGCGUUUGUGGAUACAAGCAAUUUCAAAGUUUUUGAAAGAUUUAAGAUUAUAAAUAUUACUAAAAUUUCUCAAGAGGAGUCAAGCUCCAUUCAGUUGAUAGCUGUGACUAGUAAUGGUUGCAGAAUUUUACUUAAAUUGGGCACCACUUCAACUUUCAGUUCAUUACUCACAUCUUCAUUUGCAAGUUCACAUGCAUUAAACUUGAAUCUUGUGAAUAUCAAGUUCCCACCUACUAGGGAAGUACCAAAGAUCAAUACCGAACUUGAUAGUUUCUCAAGAGACAGACAAUAUAUGUCUCAACUUAUUGCCAAUCAACAAAAGUCACUAUUACUUAAGAAUUCAAAGUUUGCUAAAAUCAUCAGCCCAGGUGUUUUCCUUUGUGUUAAGAAAACCAAAAGAUCGGAUAAAUUGUUUAUUGCCACCGCUAAUUAUGGUUAUUUAAAGAAAAACAAUAAAUUAGUCGAAGACGCUGAAUUUGUAAACUACGUUUCCAAUGAGGACUCACCAUUCACAUACAUUCAUGAUAUUGUACAACUAACACCUUCAAUGAAUGCUACAAAUACACCAAAUGGAUAUGCUAAUAUUGCUGCAAGUCAAUACACCAAGGAACCAUUGAAGUUUGCUAUCUUAACCAACUUUGGUAUUACUAUUUACCAGUUUAGAACACCUGAUCAAAUUUUAAAAUCAUUGAAAGAUGAAGUCAUUGAAAACUUUAUUGAAGAAAAUGGCUAUGAAGAAACUUGCUCAACAUUGUUAUACUUGGCUUGUUCAUAUGGUCAAUAUAGUACCAAUGAUAUUUACAAGCGAAAGGCUCAAAUCUUGUUCUCCACAUGUGGUAAUGGUGCCAGAUUUAAUGAUACCACUCAACUGUCUCUGCUGGCAUUAAUUCCUCAUUACCAGGUUAAUGUUGCAUCUCCUAUUCAUCCUACUGUUGAUCAGGUCGUGCUAAGUGACAGAUUCUAUGGUACCUGUUUGUUAGUUUCCAGACUUCUUCGUGAUAUUUGGCAAAAAAAGGUGUUCAGUCCAUUGAAGAAUAUUGUCAUGACUCCAAGUGGAGAUGUCGAAAUUGCCAGUAUCAAAGAAAGCAAAUUACUUAUCCAAGGAUUGAAUAUUGAUAAAAAGCAAGUAGAAUUUUUCAUUGGGUCAAUAAUUGUUUUGAUUGAUUUCUUUAUGGAGAAUGGUAGCAACAUCCAAGGGUUGAAUGCACCAAAUUACAGUUCUGAUCCAAACCAAUUUGAAAGUGAAGUUUGCUUGCGUGCUGAACAUAUUGCAUUUUCAUCCAUUAUCAAGUCAUUGAAUUCUAUGAAGGAGGCACUUUCCUUUUUGAUGGUUUUGAUUGAAGAAAUUCAAAUCAAUCAUACGAACUUUAAAGAAAUUUUUGAAUUCUUGUCCUUAACAAACCAAGUAAACCUUUUGACUAUCAGAUUUAAAGAUUUGUUAUUGCCUAAUAGAGAUGUCAAGAAUUUGAUUAAAGAUUUGUUAUCCUCAAUUAUCAACAAGAAUAUUUUGAAAGGGGGUUCCAUUGACUUGAUUGCUUCUUCUUUACAAACUAGAUGUGGAUCUUUUUGUUCAGCAAAUGAUGUAUUCAUUUUCAAAGCAAUUGAGAAUUUAACCAAAGCUAAAAAUAUUGGUACAAGAGAUACUGAUUUAAGAACAAAAUGCUUAAAGAAUGCCGUAUUAUUGUUUGAAGAAGCUUAUGAAUCAUUGACAUUGGAGAAUAUUGAGAAUUGUAUUAAUAUCAUGUUGGAUCUUGAGUUUUAUGCUGGUGCUGUGGGAAUGUUGCUUAACAUUGCACAAAAGUUGAGCAAUAGCAUUAAAGUUCCAGCCCUCACUUUAAACCAAGUAAUUGACAAUGCUGUUUUGAAGAAGGAUGUCGCUGAAUUUGAAACAAAAAAGAAGAACUUGUAUGAUUUAAUCUUCAACAUCUUGACUAAAAUGGACUUGAAAGCCCUCAAGAUCACUGACACAAACAAUCAAUUGUUGAUCAACGAAUUUUUAGAGCUUAGAGAUGCUGCUUAUGAUACCUGUUUUGCUUCCAGCGCCAAGGAUUUCCAGUAUGCUUUUUAUGAUUGGUUCAUUCAGCAAGGUGUUAGUGAAAGACUUUUGGAUAUCAAUACACCAUUUAUUUUACCAUAUUUGGAAGAAAAAUCAGAAAACAAUUUAGCAUUAAGUGACUUGCUCUGGUUAUAUCAUGCAAAGAGGGAAAACUAUUUUGAUGCUGCCAAGAUCUUGUACGCCUUGUCAAUUUCUCAAUUCAAUCUCGAAUUGAGCCAGAGAAUUGAGUAUCUUUCAAGGGCAAAUGGUUUCUGUAAUUGUGUUUGUCCACCAAAUUUAAGACAAAAGAUGAUCCAACUUUCAUCUGUUAUUCAAGAGUUAUUUGAGGUGUCAAACUUGCAAUUGGAUGUUUUGUCCAGAAUAAACAAUGAUUCCAGAAUAUCAAAAGAGAACAAACAAAUUGCCACAGACGCUUUGAACUUCAAAAUUUUAUCAAUUAGUGAUUUAUUUAAUAAUUACACUGAUCCAUUGGGUUAUUACGAUCUUUCAUUGUUGAUUUUCAAGAUCUCUGAUUAUAAGAAUACUGAUGACAUAUUGAAAAGAUGGGAAUUGUUUUGUGAAAAGAUCUUCCAUGAAUUCAUGGUGGAGAAAUCUGCCAAAAGCGAGCCAUUUUAUAUCUUGUUAAGUGAACAAUUUGUACCAUGUGGAUCAAAAUUAUCAUCCAAUGAUUUGGUAUUCCCUGUUGAUGAAUUAAUCAAACUUGUCAGUAAGCAUCUCCAUGAAGCUAUUGAUGAAAAUCCAGCUACUCAAACACCACCAAAGGGUUUUAUUAUUGAUUUAUUUAGAAAGUCUGGUGUCAGUUAUGAAAGACUCUAUUAUGUUAUUAAAUCAUUUAUUGAACAUAACACUUUUGAAGUAUAUCCAGGGUUCACUAGUGAUUUGAAAAUAAAUGAAAUGGUAUACUUGAUUAAAACGUGGUAUGCUCAUGAUAAGAAAUUAAGAGAGUUGAUUGCAGCUGACCAAUUGGUAAAUAUGGGUGAUAAUUACAGUGUUGAAAAUGAUCCAAUUAGUGAAAUUAUCAGAAACGGUGAUUUUGUAUUGUAA